AUGAUGUUUUCGUUACCGAGUUACAUGUGUGGCGAAAGCUUAUACUAUACUGUCCAAGCAGAUAUAUGUCCUUGUUGGCAGAGCUUAGCUACGCUGAAGGUGGUCCGUGUUGGCUCGGGGUAUUGGAUAAAGAUGGAUGCUGGACUGAGUCACACAUUACAUCCUGGACCCAUUGACGAUUCUAUACUUACUUUACAGGAUCAUCACAGAUCUACCGCAAUAUGGGACGGUCAGGACUUUGAGCCUCUGACCUGCAGGAGAUGUGAUGGCCAUUUCUGGCGUCUCGGUGCUUUGGACCCUCAAGUACAGCAACUCAUGCUGCAAGCAGACGGUGAUCCUAUCACUGGUGUCGAUACAAAUCGGUCCAUGGAGGAGUGGCAGGAUAUAUGUAAUGAACUUUUAGGAUUCAAACCACCUCCAGAGGAUUUUGAUCGUGGCCGCCUUAAGAUCCGAUGCUUACAGGAGAGAUUUAAGACAUUACCCGAAGGUGCAUCAAAGGAUACAAUGCAGUUUUAUGCUAGAGCAUACAUUUUGCAGCUUCUUGGGGGGCAAUUAUUGUCAGACAUGUCUAAUAAUAAGGUGAAGUUAAUGUACUUGCCCCUGCUUAGGGAUUUUGAGGCUGCUGGCAGGCUAAGCUGGGGUAGCGCUGUGCUCUCUUGUCUUUACCGUGCUUUGUGCCGAGCAACCAAGCCUGAGACAUCAGAUAUAUGCGGGCCACUAGUACUUUUGCAGAUCUGGGCAUGGGAGAGAAUGCCUUUCAUCCGUCCUGGGAGGUUAGUACCCCAACAGCAGCCAUGUCCUGAUAUAGUUUCUGGAGAGCAUCCUUUGCCUGCUGCCCCUUACGGUUCCAGGUGGAAUGUUGGUUUCAAGUUGGAUAGUGUGGGAACACAUGUUUUAGUCUUGUACAGAGACCAACUAGAUAAUAUGAAGGAUGACCAGUUUGUAUGGGAGCCAUACCCCGAUGAUGUCUUGGCCAGCCUUCCUCAGUAUUGCAUAUCAGGAAGAAGAAUUUGGCAGACAGUGUCUCCUCUCAUCUGCUUUGAUGUGGUGGAGUUUCACCAUCCUGACCGUGCUCUACGUCAGUUUGGGCAGCAACAAACUAUCCCUGCAGUUUGUGACACUAUCCCAGACAUCCAUUUGACUGAUCGCCGUGGAAGACAAAAUUACGACUGGGCCCAUCAUCACAGGCAGUUUGUUGAUAUGUGGACAGACCGGUUUGCUCGCAUUUUUUCUACACCUCCCAUUGACGGUCCAAUGGAUCAGAGUGAUCCGUAUAAGUUGUGGUAUGAACGCAUUACCCGUCUCUUGAUUGGAAAUCCUGCUACUCGUCCAAAUACUGGAUAUCAAGGAGUUGGGGGUGAUAUGGAGUCAAUGGCCCAGAGCUUACAAAGAAUAUACCAUCGUGCCAGUGAUGCUAUGUACCAAGGCCAUGAGGUCUCAAGGCAUGAUGUUCUCAGAGAGAUUCAGGAUAUAUGUGUACAUUCAUUGAGGGCAGCUCACGAGGACUACCGUCUCACUGCAUGUCCCGAUGCGAACCUAAUGGAUGCAUCCCCAGCUAUUCCACCAAAGGUACAGAGAGGUAGACCAAAGAAGAGAGGUGGGUUUACAGGAGGAUCAGCUAGUGAAAGCCGAAAAAGAAUUCCACACUUACCGGGUACACCAUCCACUUCACUGGCAGAGUAUAAUUUUCCAUCGCAGUCAAAUGUUCUUCCUGCAAAUGGUGACCUUCCAGACACACCACAGACAUGGGAUUCUUCACUAAAUUCACCCGAUUUCCAUGAUACUACAGAUCCAAACAUGAUACAAAUGAAUUUGGAAAUUACAGAUAGUUUGAAGCAAGAGGCUAUGUCGCUGUCGUUGGAUCUUGCAGAAAACCCCAUCUUACAGGCCCUUGGGAAGAUUCGUGACAUUUGUGCAUCUGCUUUGCAAAUGAAUAAUGGGAACCAGUCUUCGCUAUCGACACAGUUGGCCAUCCCAGUGGGUCCUAAGACUAAGCGAUGUAAACCGAGGAGGAGAGGUGGAAUAAGUGGACGACUGGUGAGUGCAGGCAGUGGCUUCGGCUCGUAUUGCCCAACUUCACUAGGAUCAGCAUCACCAACACCAUCUUCUUCACUGGGACCAAAUAUUUCACGACCCCGCAAAAUUGUGGAUCAGGAUUUUGAGCCUUUCGCUACACCACUCAUGGGGGACUCCCCUCUGCCAGAAUUACGAGACGCCAUUCAAUCAGAGAUGAUUGAGUUGGAUGACAUAACUGGAAGUAGAGAAGCUUCUCCAUAUGCUGCUAAUCCAUCAACGUCAGACCCACAAUUCUAUCCCCGAGGUUAUCAGAGUUCACUUCCACAGCUGACCAACAUGAAACCUAAUUUUUUGAGGGAGGAUACUACACCAGUACCGGUGGAUUCUUCUCGUCCUGCACUGGUGAGUGCCAGACAGGUAGAGAACACAGAUGGAGGCAUUGAAGUCUCGCCACCCACACCUGACCCUCAAGUUUUGAAGCUACAACAUUCGCAGACUCUAGAACAACCGGACUCUAAACUUGAAAUGCUUGAUGAGACUCCCUACACUAAAGGCAGUUCAGUGGUCUCUCAACCUUCUCCGCGAGAUCAUAAAGUGUUGCCCAUGCAUGCAGACUCUGAUAGGGUGGCGAUGCAGGUUGAUGGACCAGACACUUACUCCAAGACAGAGCCUCCUGUACUGGAGCCACAUUGUACUGAAACCACUGUGCCUUCAGACUCCCCCACCACUUUAAAGAAAGAUGCGAGCCCCUCCACUCAGCAGGGUAAUCUGAAUAGUCCCAAAUCUCCUUCACCGAAGCUUCCAGUGUCAUCUGUGCAUUCAGUUGCUGAAGCGAUGCAGGGUGAUACGCCAGAUGCUGAUUCUGUACAAAGUGAUGGUGGCAAAAGGAAAGAACGGGCCCCAGAUCACAUUGCUUUUGUAGGCUCAAGUCAUACAAAUGAUACUGACAUAAGUUCAUGUGAUCCGGACAAUGUUAAUGAUGACGGCAAAUCAAUAGGCAAGCCUCUGAAUCAGAGAGAGUUGAAGCUUACUCAGGCAGAUCCUGCAGCAGUGACAGAAGAUGGCCAGAAGAAAUACAAGAGACAAAGGCGAGUUCCAUCAAAACUAAGAUAG